AUGAGGGCGGCCUUGCUAUUGCUGCUCGCUGGGUUGGCGGCUGGCAUUGGAGUCCGGAAAAAAACGGAACAUCUGGAAACAAAUCGUAUACCAAACGAUCCACCCCCUCCUCCAAAGCCCUUCCCAUACAAAUAUGUAUCCGUAUGUGUGAAUGAAACCGAUCCCGGACAACUAUUGCUUGAAAUUGAUACAUCCAAAUGUGCGGUGCAAAGCCUUCAAGUGGCGGUAGGCCGCUACAGUAAUCAAGUUAAUCAAACCGGGUGGGGAAUAUUAGAAAUUGAGACUUUUCCCGGGUACGAAUAUGAUGUGCAGGCUUACGCAGCCGGCGUAGCAGAAGGCUAUCUCACAAAGCUUCAAAUCUACUAUCAUUAUCGCAACACAAUUGAAGAUCUCUGCACGGGCUAUAAAAAUUACUGUAAGACACUGUACAAUUACUUGACGGAGCAUCUGGAUUGGAUCCGGAAAGAAGUGAUUGCUCAGCCAGCCAGUGAUCCAUAUUGGAGACAUGUCAACCUCACCUUUGCGCAAAUGACUGGGAUUUAUGACGCAUAUGUGAACCGCACCCUCAAUCCGGAGAUCGGCUUUGAUCUUCAUGCGAUCUACAUGAUCCAGCUUUCCGGCGAGCUUUUCGACCUGAAUAAGAAGUUCAAUAAAACUCCUGAUCCGCAAGAAUACCCGGAAGCCGGCCGAUGUUCUGGAUUGGUCAAAAUUGCUGACAACAACAAGGAUAUGUUUUUUUCGCACGUCGCAAUGAGCGGCCUCAAUACGAUGAAUCGCAUUUUGAAGCUUUACAAAUUCGCUUACGAUAAGAAGGAGGUUCCCGGUCACACCGUCUCAUUUUCUGGCUAUCCUGCUGCCUUGGCUUCCGCAGAUGAUUAUUCUAUCAUGAGCUCAGGCCUGUCCUCCAUCGAAACCACAAUCGCGAUCUUCAAUCAAACGCUCUAUGAUCAAUUCGUCAAUUCUUCUGGACAGCUUCACUGCUGGGUCCGGUCUUUCAUCAGUAAUGCACUGGCCAGCACAUCCAAGCAAUGGGUCGAGAUCUUCCAACAGUAUAAUUCCGGCACUUACAACAAUCAAUGGACGGUCCUUGACUGGAAAAAAUUUACUCCUGGAAAAGAGCUCCCGGAUAGCGAUGUAUUGUGGGUCCUCGAACAGGCACCAGGCUUCACGUCAAUUGCGGAUGUGACUUGGUUCCUGAAAAAAUGGUCGUACUGGCCGUCAUACAACAUCCCCUACCUCACCGAUAUAAACAUCAUCAGUGGCUUCAGCAACAAGGGAAACCAAUUCGACUGGUAUCGUUGGGGUAGCUCACCUCGUGCUCAUAUGUUUGAGCGGGAUCACCACAAGGUCCAGGAUAUUGACAGUUUGACGAAAUUGAUGAGGUACAAUGAUUACGAACAUGAUGAGUUUGCAAAAUGCAAAUGCAACCCGACACCUUAUACAGCGGAAGGUGGGAUUUCGGCUAGAGGUGAUCUUAACCCCCUGAAUAAUACCUGGGAAGUCGACUCGAUGAGUUUCCGCAAUCAUGCUGGUCUCGAUUAUAAGGGUUGCAACUAUGAGAUGGCAUCGAAGUUGACCUUCCGCGCUUGGGGAGGGCCAACCAACGAUCAACAGCCGACUUUCGACUGGCGGACUACGAAAGUUGUUGCACCGCACUAUGGCCAACCUGAUGUCUGGAACUUCACCGCAGUCGACCUCAUCUGGGAAAGCAAGCUACCCGUAUACUUUGGCGUGACAAGAGCGCUAUUAUGGAAA